AUCAUGGCCGACAAGAAGGGUGAGGUUAGCCAGGGCGACAAGUCCGUCAUGGGCAUGCCCGGUUUCGUCGUUGACUUCCUGAUGGGUGGUGUCUCCGCUGCUGUCUCCAAGACUGCUGCCGCCCCCAUUGAGCGUAUUAAGCUCCUCAUCCAGAACCAGGAUGAGAUGCUUAAGGCUGGCCGUCUUGACCGCAAGUACGCCGGUAUCGGUGACUGCUUCAAGCGUACCGCCGCCUCCGAGGGUGUCGUUUCCCUCUGGAGAGGUAACACCGCCAACGUCGUCCGUUACUUCCCCACCCAGGCUCUGAACUUCGCUUUCCGCGACACCUUCAAGUCGAUGUUCGCCUACAAGCGUGAGCGCGACGGUUACGGCAAGUGGAUGAUGGGUAACCUUGCCUCCGGUGGUGCUGCUGGUGCCACUUCGCUCCUCUUCGUCUACUCUCUCGACUACGCCCGUACCCGUCUUGCCAACGACGCCAAGUCCGCCAAGGGCGGUGGUGACCGUCAGUUCAACGGUCUCGUUGACGUCUACAAGAAGACUCUCGCCUCUGACGGUAUUGCCGGUCUCUACCGUGGUUUCGGUCCCUCUGUUCUUGGAAUCAUCGUCUACCGUGGUCUCUACUUCGGCAUGUACGACUCCAUCAAGCCUGUUGUUCUCGUCGGUCCUCUUGAGGGUAACUUCCUUGCUUCGUUCUUGCUCGGCUGGUCUGUCACUACCGGUGCCGGUGUUGCCUCGUACCCUCUUGACACCAUCCGUCGUCGUAUGAUGAUGACCUCUGGUGAGGCCGUCAAGUACUCCUCUUCCAUGGAUGCCGCCCGCCAGAUUGUCGCCAAGGAGGGUACCAAGUCUCUCUUCAAGGGUGCUGGUGCUAACAUCCUCCGUGGUGUCGCUGGUGCUGGUGUCCUGUCCAUCUACGACCAGGCUCAGCUCAUCCUCUUCGGAAAGAAGUACAAAUAGACGAUUGAUUAAGUUCUAAUCGUUGC